GUCGGUCGUAUCGGCGAGCUUUUGCAGUUGAAAACUUCAAAACAGAGCUAAAAGCAAGCCAUCCUGCGUGCUUGACAUCGUCAAUAAGAUCCAUCCGUACAKGCACGUACGAUAUCGGGACUGGAGUAGUAUCUGUGGGUGUUGCCUUUGGGACGACAGCUGUUGGAGGGAAGAAAGACCGAAAGAUAGAUAGAAAGAACGAAACACGCGAACGGUAUAUUAUGAGGACGACGACAGCAAUUCCCCGACGCCUUUCCUUGGGGCCCUUGCUCCCGUUAUUGCUGGUAGCAUCGUUGAUCGUCUCAAUGACAGCAGAGACAUUGGCCGUUUCUGCUGCUGCCCCUGUCUCUUCAACGUUGCAGAACAUCGCGGCCGAAACUGUCCAUCGCCUCGACCUUUCGUACCUCCACCGAUCCAAGGCCGGUGAUCUCGCAGAGGUCAUUCGAGGGACGCUGGAAUUACAAAAGGAGCAAGAACACCCGCCAACCAAAGAAGAAAAUGAUGAAUCCGCAGUAGUCGACAUUGAUCUCACGGCAUCGCUGAUCGGCAAGAAUCUUUCGGAAAUUUUAUCGUCGUUGAAACGAGGGGAAGAAGAAUCCCCGUCGUCGUUGCGAGGGAAUACGGAAGCUCCUCCGACCGUGGUUCGGUUGACUACCCGUCGAAAUCAAUGGUCCCCAAAGGAAGCGACAGUAGUGCUAGAUUUUGUAUCGAAUAAUGGCCCAACAAACGAAAUAAUCGCAGAAAGCGACGAGCAGCUAACAGAAGAAAACAAAACACUCGACGGGAACGACAAAAAUGCUACCGCUGCCCCUGGCAGUCUCUUAGCGUCGCAGAAGGAUACAGAUUCCGAAACCACCAUCGCUUUGGCUAGUGAUGAGAAUAUUACCACGAUGGAAGAAACAGCGGAGCAAUCAAUGGAACACAAAAUUGCCACCGUAACCAGGCCUGCUUUUGUUACGAUACAGACCCUCGAUCUAGGCUGGAACAACCUGGGCUCCGAUCGCACCGACGGCGGACCGCGGAGAAGAGGAGCCGCGAGUGGCGUUCGCCUCAUGAACAAGGCCUUGCGAAAGCUGCUAUCGAGUCCAAAGCACUGUCCCCGCACAAUUCGAUUGGAUGUGUGCGGGUUGGGUCCAUCGGCCUGCCGCGACAUGGCAAAGGGAAUGGUUGAGCGGUACCAAGCUAACGGCGAAGACGGACAAGCUAUGGAUCGUCCGAUACCGUUGUCGUUGGAUUUGGCUCGGAACGGGGGCAUUGGCGACGUUGGUGUUGCUGCACUGGCAGCCGCGAUUCGAACGAUUGCUACCCAGCAGCACGGGAGCACAGAAAACGCCAGCAAAGGAAAGAAAAAGAGAAGGAGGAAGAAAAAACGGUCCAAAGAGCGCCCGGCAAACAACCUCGAAGAAGGAGACGGAAAAGAGGAGGAUGAAGAUCAGCGAGUUUCUACCGAUCACACAGCAAAUGAUUUAGAAAAUCAAUCCGAGGAAACCAAUGCCGAAGGCGAAUCGCCAAGUACCUCGGCCGGAGCAACAGCGGCAAUGACAAUUUUCGAACGCUUGGAUUUGUCCGGUUGUGGUAUCGGAGAUGGCGGCGCAGAAGCAUUGGCAAUCGCCCUAAAAAACAAUCCUCUUUGCAUAAAGCACUUAGAUCUUAGCAACAAUCAGAUAUCCGAUGAUGGAGCAGCAGCUCUGGCACGAGUCCUUGGCGCGGAAGGCGAUAGCAGUGAUAAAAGCUGCGAUGUCUCAGUUGGUUGUAUCCAAACACUCGAUUUGAGUUACAACAAGGACCUUGGUGACCGGGGAGCCAAGGAACUUGCUCGUGCCUUUCAGGGAGAUGGAAUAUCAAAUCUAAUUCUCCGGAGCUGCAAUGUCCGUGCGGAUGGUGCUGCAUCCUUUGCAAUUGCUCUGAGAACGAUUGGCUCGCAAGAGCACUCGACUGAAGGGGAACAGCGGCGGUUGAUUGAUUUGAGUGGGAAUCCACUGGGGGUUCUAAGCAAAAAGAAAAAAUCCGGAGGUAAAUACUCCGCUAGUGCAUUAAAAAGCAAAGCCACAGACACUACAAAAGCCUACAUGAACAUUAUUGGAAAGUCCUUCCAAAAGGGAUUGAGUAGCAUCAAUAGUCUCAGCAAUGGCGAAGGUUAUGGGAUGGAUACCCUUGAGAGUGAUGACGAAGAGGAUGAACGAAUGAACCAGGAGGAGGACGAUUCAAUCAAGAAGUGUGGCGCCCUUGCUCUCGCCUUAGCUUUUGUUGAGAACAAUGAUGAUUCAUCCGAAACAUCAGAGAAGGGAUCCGUUGUCCACGUCGAAUUGGCGCUGAGACACUGUUCAUUUGAUACGAAGGCAGCCGAGGCAUUAGCUGCCGUCCUUCAAGAAUCGAGACAAAAUUAUCCCAGAAUGAAACUGACCAUGGACAUGACAAUGAAUGAUGUGUUGGAAGAAGAUAUCAUCGCUGCCCUGCAUGGCGAAGAAGGAUACGACGAUCAGCUGGUGGACAUGGCAGAAGUGUACUUGGAUGCACUCGAAGUCAUGCGAGAAGCCCGAGAACGAGCUCUGAAAGCGGCACAAAUGGCAGCCGCGAGAGCGAAAGCCCAAGCGCAACGAGAAUCGGCCUGGGACGCCCCAUCCCCGGGCUCCCGGUACGAUGACGAUCAGAGCGAAGAAUGGAGCGACGAGACAGAGGACGAGCACUGGGAUCACCCAAUGAGCGAGGACAAUUACUCGGACGACGAUUGGUAGAUUCGAGUGUCGACACUAGCACCACCAGAAUUUGCGCUCUCGGAAAUAUGUUUCAGAAUAAGAAGUUUUAAUUGCG